UUUGAUUAUUUUAUGUUCUAGGGCAGCGAGAGUAAAAAAAAUGACAUUAUCAGCUGGGAAGAGUACUUCAUGGGCGUAGCUUUGUUGUCUUCCAGGCGAAGCAAGGACCCCAAUACACAAGUUGGAGCUUGUAUAGUUAAUAAAUUCAAAAGAAUAGUAGGGCUUGGAUACAAUGGCUUCCCUGAUAACAUCCCUGAUAACGAUAACAAACUCCCAUGGGGAAAAUCGUCAGAGAAGGAUGCGGAAGGCUACGUGCAACACAAGGGCCUAUAUGUGUGCCAUGCGGAAAUGAAUGCCAUUGUCAAUAAGCUGUCUGUGGAUAUUACCGGCUGUACCAUGUACACAACGCUAUCUCCAUGUAAUGAAUGUGCCAAACUCAUCUGUCAACUCCGCCUCGGUAAAGUCGUCUACUAUGAAAGAAAGACUGAAGAUAAAGAAGGAAAAUAUAAAGCAGCGGAGAAGAUGUUUAAAGAGGCAGGAAUAGAAUGGGUGAGAUACAAGUGUAAGCGCAGAGAACUGGAGAUUUGAGACCACGAUUUUGUGCUGUGAUGUCCUGGAACAAUGUGGACAUUUCCCGACCAGAAUAUCUUCUUUUUGUGUGACCGUUGAAUGAACAGUCAAGUGUAACCCUGUUUUAUCUUAUUAUUAUGUUAAUAAGAUUUAAAAAAAAAA